AAUCCAACUAACAAUCUUCAAUCUUAUUCUCGUGCAUAACUAAUUUCUCUUCUCGUCAAUUGAGAUUUGAGCCUCACCUUCUUCAACCUCCAGUCUACCAUCGCUCUGUUCAGUGUCCGAAUCAGAAAAAGGAAGGGAAGAGGAAGAAUCGCCAAUUCGCCAUAGCCAGCAGAGGUUAACCAGAAUAGUAGAAAGCAGGGCCGCAGAAUGUUCCCGCAAUUCGGAGCAACGGCUGAUACGCUGAGCAAGGCGUCGACGAUCAUGUUCCGGAUCGGGACGGACGCGCACCUCUACGAUGAUCCUGAAGACGUUAACAUUGCGCCAUUGCUUGACAGCAAGUUUGACUCUGAGAAAUGCGAAGCUCUCAAGCGCCUGCUGGCUCUCAUUGCUCAGGGAUUCGACGUUUCCAAUUUCUUCCCCCAGGUGGUUAAAAACGUGGCAUCUCAUUCGUUGGAAGUGAAGAAGCUGGUUUACUUGUAUCUCCUCCAUUAUGCUCAAAAGCGUCCCAAUGAAGCAUUACUGUCGAUAAAUUCAUUCCAGAAAGACUUGGGGGAUACAAAUCCAUUAGUAAGGGCAUGGGCUCUCCGUACUAUGGCUGGAAUUCGUUUACAUGCCAUCGCUCCUCUUGUUCUGGUUGCUGUCGGGAAGUGCGCUAGAGAUCCCUCUGUGUAUGUUAGAAAAUGUGCAGCCAGUGCUCUUCCAAAAUUGCAUGAUUUGCGUUUGCAGGAACACUCUUCCACCAUUGAAGAGAUUGUUGGAACAUUGUUAACUGACAAUUCACCGGCUGUAGUGGGUGCUACUGCUGCCGCAUUUUCUUCUGUCUGCCCAAAUAAUUAUUCAUUGAUUGGGAAAAAUUAUAAAAGGUUGUGCACUAUUCUUCCUGAUGUCGAGGAGUGGGGUCAAAUAGUCUUAAUUGGAAUUCUUCUGCGCUAUGUCAUAGCGAGGCACGGGCUGGUGAAGCAGUCGAUGAUGUUCCAUCUGCACAGCAAAGAACAUUCUUCAUCUGAAAAUGAUGAUUCAGAUGCUGACUCCAAGUUCGGAAAAGAGGGCAUUGACCCCAGUAAGAAAUAUGACUCUGAGCUGGCUAGCAUGAUAUAUAGGUGUUACAUCGAAGGGCCUGAUGAUUAUUUAUCACGUUCAAGUUACUCCAACAAGGUGUUCUUGACAUUUAGUGGUGCAAAGUUUACAUCUAGCAAGAAUAACGAGGAUGUGAAGAUCCUACUUCAAUGUACAUCACCAUUGUUUUGGAGUAACAAUAGUGCAGUAGUACUGGCAGCAGCUGGUGUACAUUGGAUUAUGGCACCAAAAGAGAACAUCGAAAGAAUUGUUAAACCACUGCUAUUUUUGUUGAGAUCAUCAAGAAAUUCAAAUUACGUGGUCCUUUGCAACAUUCAAGUGUUUGCUAAAGCAAUGCCUUAUCUAUUUGCUUCACACUUUGAGAACUUUUUCAUACUAUCCACAGACUCAUAUCAGACAAAAGCCUUGAAGCUUGAGAUUCUUUGUACUAUUUCUACAGAUUCAUCCAUUGCAUCUAUCCUCAAGGAAUUUCAGGACUACAUUAGGGACCCGGACAGGAGAUUUGCAGCUGAUACAGUAGCUGCAAUUGGUUUAUGUGCAUUGCAACUUCCUAAAAUGGCUAGCACGUGCUUGGAAGGGCUGUUGGCAUUGACUAGGCAGGAUUCUUUCACUAGUGACGCCAGGGCUUCUGAAGAAGAAGCAGGUGUUUUAGUUCAAGCUAUAAUGUCAAUUAAAAUGAUUGUAAAGCAGGAUCCUCCUAGUCAUGAAAAGGUUAUUGUUCAGUUAGUUCGUAACCUAGAUUCCAUCAAGGUACCUGCAGCCCGUGCAAUAAUUAUUUGGAUGUUGGGAGAGUAUAGCAAGGUUGGGGAGAUAAUUCCGAAAAUGUUAAUUACUGUUCUUAAGUAUAUUGCUUGGAGCUUUACUUCAGAAAGCUCAGAAACAAAGUUGCAGACUCUAAACACAGUUGCUAAGGUAUUUUUUACCUCUUUCAGCAACUCUUAAAUUGUUUAUCAAUCAGUUUCACUAGAUUGUGGAAUUGAGGCUUAAUAGGAAUUCUCUGAUGAGCUCCAAGGCCUAAGGUGCCGAAUGCAUCAGACCUUUCUUAUAACCUUCCGUGCAUGAAUCUCUUUUGCCCAUUCUGUGCUCGAUGCUUUGCAAGAACUCUGCAGUUGAUUCUUUAUUUAAUGCCCUGUAGAUACUGUCAAAUUCAAAAGGUGGAGAUCUAGAGACAUUAACAAAAAUAGGUUGUUAUGUGCUAGAACUGGCUGAGUGUGAUAUGAACUAUGUUGUCCGUGGAAGAGGCUGUUUCUUCAGGAAACUUCUUUCAAGUCAUUUGGGCUCAAAGAAAUUGGAAGAUGAGGUGGUCGCUUCCUCUCAAAAUGAAGGCCUUCUCAAUGUACUUGCCGAACACAUGUUUCAUGAACAAGCAACUCAACAGUCCCCAGUACCAGUCAAUUAUCGAGUCUAUCUCCCGGGAUCCCUGUCACAGAUAGUACUUCAUGCUGCCCCAGGGUAUGAACCACUGCCCAAGCCUUGUACUAUUCUUGAUGAUGCAGAUGCUGAGGCAGAGGUGUCGGAACAAGAUGGUUCUGAUUCAUUUACUGGAUCUUUGGAUGAGGAAAGUGGUUCUUACAAUGGCUCUGACAACUCAGUUGCUUCUGGUGGCAAUACUGAUAAUGGUAAGACUGGUUCCUCAAGUGAAGAUGAAAACAUCCAAGAUCCACUGAUUCAAAUAUCUGAUGAGAACCAUCUCCGGCCAGCUGGUUCUGCUGAUCUUGAGGAACUUAUGUCAAGAAGAGAUUUAGAAACUUGGUUGGAUGAUCAGCCCAGUUUACCAAAUUCAAGUAUACCCGAACAGAGUAAGGUCCCUAGGUCAGCAAGAAUUUCAAUUAAGGACAUUGGGAAGCGAGUGAUACCUAAGACAUAUGAACUCUUAGACCCUGCGAAUGGAAAUGGCAUGAAGGUGGAUUAUACGUUUUCAUCUGAAGUAUCAACAAUUUCACCUCAUGUUAUAACCAUACAAGCUUCUUUCGAGAACUGUUCCAGUGAGACUAUCUCAAACAUAGUGUUGAAGCAUGAGGACUUCACGACCAAGCCUUCAGAUUCUUCUGAGAGCUCUUCUCAGGACGAUGUACCGGCAUUGAUUCCUAUGGAAGAGAUUACUUCUCUGGAACCUGGUCAGGCAACUAGGGAGACAAUUCAUGUCCGCUUCCACCACCAUUUGUUGCCCUUGAAGUUGGUCAUAUAUUUCAAUGGCAAGAGUCAUCCAGUUAAAUUGCGACCUGACAUUGGGUAUUUUGUAAAACCACUUCCAAUGGAUGUUGAUGCAUUCAAAGACAAGGAAUCUCAUCUUCCAGGAAUGUUCGAGUGCACAAGGAGUUGUAUCUUCAAAGGCCAUGUAGACUAUCUAAACAAGGAAAAGGGAAAUCACACAUUCGCAAAAGACAAGUUUCUGGUAGUCUGUGAGAGCAUAGCAUUAACAAUGCUCAGCAAUGCCAAUAUCUUCCUUGUAUCCGUCGACAUGCCAAUCGCUGCCAAGCACGAUGAUGCAUCUGGCUUGUGUUUGCGGUUCAGCAGUGAAAUCCUUAGCAACUCAGCCCCUUGCUUAAUUACCAUCACAGCUGAAGGUAUAUGCUCCGAGCCAUUGAAUGUGGUGGUGAAAGUCAAUUGUGAAGAAACCGUGUUUGGGUUAAACCUGUUAAAUAGGAUUGUUAAUUCCCUUAGUUGAAGUAGCACUCUUUGGUUUCUCAUAUCUGUUUCUCUUGAUUGCGGUUUGAAGCAAGGAGAAUGUGACCAAUACCCUUGCCUAGUUUGCUGCAUCACACUCUGCUCUUCUCGGUUUAUUCCUUCUGUUGCAGUUCAUGUUCCUAUUGUAUACAUUAUUGGCGUUUGAGUGCUUCUGCUAGUGGAUCAAUGAAUCUGCCCAAGUUGGUGUUUAUGUUUUAUCAAGUGAAGUGUUUGGUUGGGUUUCGGAAAAAAAAUUGAGUUAAUGAAAUAUGAAAAUAUUUUUUAGCAAUAAAAGAACAGUAAAUUUGUUGACAAAUCGUUUGUUGAAUACAAAUACUAGUGUAUUCCAGAAAAUGAUUAUCAAGUAUAUAACUUGAGAAUAAUUUCUCAUCUGAAAUGAGCAUAGGUGGAAAAUGCAAUGAUGUUGACUCAAUUAACGUAUUUCUUUAGUCAAAACGAACACAC